UCGGAGUCGUAUAUCGGAAAGCAGCCGAUGACCCAAUGACAGAAUUAAUUUUUCGAAAAAGAAUUCUAUUCAUUAGACUAUCAGCUGCGAUCCAACAUCUGAUUCCUACAUACGACGUAUUGUAGAGCAGGUCUAAAUAUUGAUAUUCAUUUCGUUUACACAGUUGGUGUUAUUGGAAGUUACACGUUACGAAUGGCUAUUCGUUCAUCGUGCGUGUCUAAAUUUCGUAUAUGACACACGUCGGUUACGAGAACGGAGUAUGAGCAGUAGACGCGUUACACGUGUCGGAUGCUGCGGUUGUGAUAGAUUGUAGAUGUGAUAAGUUAUAGAUAUUGUUCUACAAAAAUAUAUUUUAAAUUACGUUUGAUAAACGCACGAGAUGAAAGUCUUCCUACUUGUUACUUUAUUUUUUAUUCAAGAUUUUGUGGAAUCCACUGAAAUUGAUUUAAAGCAUUUAAAAUGUUUAGUUUGCAGAGCAACUAUGAACGAAGUGGAGGCUAAAGUGUCUAAAAUAAAUCCAAAAAUAUUAGUUGAAGUGGGUAAUUACAAAAUGGAUGCUCAGGGAAAUCAAAUAUACAAAAAGAUUCCACUAAUUAAAUCAGAAGUACAUAUUUCGGAUAUGUUGGAUGAUAUCUGCCAGAAGAUGAAUGACUAUGUAAGAGCAACUAAAAAGUACAACAAAAAAUUAACAAUCUUCAAUCUCAUGACACCGGAAGGCACUAUGAAUCCUCAAAUGUCUAAAGUAGACAUAAUUCACGAUGGUGAUUUAAACAAGUCUCUUGAGUAUAAUUGUAAUACGAUAAUAGAAGAAUUUGAAGAUGAUAUAAUAAAAUUAUAUGUGAAUGAUUUAGAAAAUAGGAAAGAGAAGCUUUGUACAGAGAUUUCAAAUAUUUGCGAGAAUUAUCCCGAAGAUGACGACAAUGAUGAUGAUAAUAAUAUUGACAGUUUAUUUAAAAAUAAAAGUGAACUGUAAUAUCAUUCAAGAGAAUUCUUAAAUACAUGGAUGGAUGUUAUUCAUUUUCACUGAUAAGCUGAAAACAGAAAGUUUCAAACAUGUUAAUUAUUGUACUAUGUAAUUUUUGUUAGAGUAAAAAUAUAUAUAUAUGAUCUAUUUGA